AAGAAGAGGAAAAAAGAAGGCGUAAAUAUAUCGGCAAAGAAAACAAUCUCUCGGAACAAAAAAUGGCUUCUGCUGGUGGUGCUGGUAAAAGAUGGCUUCCUCUCGAAGCAAACCCCGAUGUUAUGAAUCAGUUUCUUUGGGGGCUUGGUCUUGAACCGGGUGUGGCGGAAUGUAAUGAUGUAUACGGGUUGGAUGAAGAACUCUUGGAAAUGGUACCUAAGCCUGUCCUUGCUGUUUUGUUUCUUUACCCAAUUACUCCCGAGAGCGAGCAAGAAAGAUUGAAGCAAGAAAGUAUCAUUAAACAGGAUCCUUGUGACGGAGUUUACUUCAUGAGACAAACAGUGGGAAACGCAUGUGGAACCAUUGGACUUCUUCACGCUAUAGGCAACAUUACCUCAGAGAUCAAACUUGUUGAGGACUCAUUUCUGGACAGGUUUUACAAGUCCACUGCAAGCAUGGAUCCGAUGGAGCGUGCUUUAUAUCUUGAAAAUGAUAGAGAAAUGGAAGUAGCACAUUCAGAUGCUGUAGCUGCUGGUGAGACCGAGGCUUCUGACAAUGUGAAUGAUCACUUUAUUUGCUUUGCAUGUGUUAAUGGGAAAUUAUAUGAGCUUGAUGGAAGGAAAACUGCACCUGUUUCACAUGGCCCUUCUUCACCAACCACCGUGUUGCAGGAUGCUGCCAAAGUGAUCAAAGGAAUGAUAGCCAAAAAUCCAAACUCAAUGAAUUUCAAUGUCAUUGCCAUCUCCAAGAAAGAAGCAUAACCACAUUGACAUCGUUUUUAGCUUACCAGACAUUUCCAUAGCCGGUCUUUUUAUACAUUAUACCUUAACUUAGAAACGGUUUGUUCAUAUUACAUUGGUCAUUUUGCUUCUAGAUUUCAACAAAAUCCCGUUUUCGUGUUUUCA